AGGCUAUAUGGCAAAAUGAAGUGUGUAAAAUUGAAUUUUUAUUUUAUUUUGUUUUUUAUUAGAUUGGCUUACGGCAUUGAUUCGAAAUACUAUGAGGCUGAAAAGAUGCCAAAAAUUAAACACAGCAAACCGGGACUUCUGUCCAUGGUCAACUGCGGAAACAAUAUGCUUGGAUCACAGUUUUUUGUUACACUAGGAGCUGAUCUCCAAUCCUUAGAAGAACAUUGUGUUUUUGCUGAAGUCACUGAAGGCCAUGACAUACUUGUUAAAUUAAAUGAUGCUAUCUGUGAUAACCAGCACAGACCAUACCAGGAUAUAAGAAUCACUCAUACUGUAAUAUUAGACGAUCCGUUUGAAGAUUUACCUGGUUUGGUUGUUCCUUUGGGCUCCCCUGAUAUAUCUCAGCUUCAAGAAUUUAACGGUAGGAUUGGAGCAGAUGAAAAAAUAAACGACGAGGAAGGACUGACGGAGGCUCAGUUGCAGGAGAUAAAAGCCGACAGAGAAGCAAAAGCUAGGGCCACCAUCCUUGAAAUCGUCGGCGAUUUGCCAGACGCCGAUAUCGCUCCUCCUGAGAAUGUUUUAUUUGUAUGCAAGUUAAAUCCUGUAACAGAUGACUCUGAUCUGGAGAUUAUCUUCAGUAGAUUUGGAAAGAUCAAAAGUUGUGAAGUAAUCAGAGAUCACACAACCGGUGAUUCGCUUCAGUAUGCGUUUGUGGAAUUUGAAGAUCAAAGAGCCUGUGAACAAGCAUACUUAAAAAUGGAUAAUGUUUUAAUUGAUGACAGGCGUAUCCAUGUUGAUUUUAGCCAGAGUGUCUCUAAGAUAAAAUGGAGGGGUAAAGGAAGAGGUGUUGAGAUUCUAGAUAAGAUCGAUGAGAAGGAAAUUGGUCGUGGUGGCGAUCGAUAUGGAAGUAAACGAGAUUAUUAUAGGGACAGAGAAAGGGACAGAGAUAGAGAAAGGAGUGACAGAAGGAGGGAAGACGAUAGAAGAAGGAGAGGUGACAGAGAAUCCGAUGAAUACAGGAGAAGGGAUAGAAGGAAAGACGAUGGUCGAAGAAGAGACGAGGAAAUGUGGAGGGAUGAUGAUAGAUACGAGGAGGACAGGAAGCGAAGAGAAUCAAGAGAUGACAGACGAAGAGAAGACAGAAGGUAUGACAAUAGUAGGCGAGAUGAAAGAAGGAGGGAAGACGAUCGAAGAAGGGAUUCGGAAAAAAAGCGUAAUGGAACCUCAGAUAGAAGAGAAAAAGAUGUGAAGCGUGAUGAAGUGAAUUCUUCUGGAAGUAAAGAAGACAGGUCAAGAGAAGGCCAUAGUAAGUACUAUGACCACCAUGAAAUGAAACCUGAGCCAAAAUCGGAAGUCAAAACAUCUAAAGAGAAAGCACCCUCCAAGAAGCCCGAAGAGCCUGAAAUGAUGGAUGUUACAAAAGAAAAGUCAAAUUACAAGGACACACCACCAAUAAAUAACAUUAAUCAUACUCCAGACGUUCGACAAGAUGAUACAGGAUUUACUGAAAAUGAUGUAGCACACAAUGCAUCACAAAGUCCUAUUAAAACGGACGCUACUAAGUCAGUCAGUAUCGAAAGAAAAAAGAAAAGGCGAAGGCAUGUUAGUUCUUCUUCAGGAAGUUCAAGCAGUGAGAGCAGCAUUUCGUCUAGCAGUUCUACUUCAAUGGAACGGACAAAACGGUCAAAAAGGUCUCUUACUGUGGCAAAGAAAUAUUACCACCGGGGAAAACUCGUCAAGGUAGUUAAAAAGAAGAAAAAUAAAUCUUCAGAUUCUGAGAGUUUUUCCGAAAGUUCAGACUCAGACAGGCGAAGACGAAAGCCUAAAUAUAAAAAAAUUGUCAAAGUAAUUAAAAAAAGGCGGCAUGCCAGCUCAGACGAUAGUGAAAGCGAUUCUUCCAGUUCAGACGAUUCUGAGGAUGCAAGCCGAAGAAGAAAAAGGAAGAAAAAACACGAUAAGUACAACAGGAAAAGGAGGAAGGACAGUUCAAAAAGGAGUAAAAAGAAAAAGGCUCAUGAUUCUGAAAACUCUUCAAACUCGGAAAGUGAAGGUAAAAAUAGAAAGAAGAAUAAAACACUAUCUAUUUCUAAGAAAAACAAAGCAGAUUUGAGUGAUUGACAUAAAAGGGAUUACUAAAUUUUCUAUACUCAUUUUUGAGUGGGACAACAUUUUAGCAUUAAAUGGUAUUUGAUCAAUGCCAUUGUUUUUAUUACAUAAUGAAAUGCAUUUUGAAAUAUAAUAAAUCUAUUUUAAUCCCCAAUACAAGUUACAGACAAUUUUUUUUAAUGUUAAAUCCCAAAAAAUCUUUAGUCCACCGACUGAUCUGACAUGUUCUAUUAUAAAUUUUACUGAUGGGUAAUAAACAGAUUAAAAUUUUAA